GGGGUGGGGGGCACUAAUUGAAGCCCUUGCCUAGGGUGCCAAAAUACCUUGGCCUAGCCCUGGCAUAUAAGCACCUUGAGAAGCAAUAAUAGAUAAUGUGAAGGACAGGGCAGGGGAAGCUCAUAAAGCAGCAACUAUGUGACUGAGGUAAAGCCUGAAUAGUUACUCACUCUGUACCAAAGUCCCACUCAUUUGUGUCAGUUGUGAUUGUGUAAGAGCAGAGCCAGUGAAUGGAUGAAGUAAGCGUUGGUGUGUCUGAAAGUGAGCAGCGAGACAGAGCUCGGAGUUGGUGACUGUGAGAGGAAACUUGGAGACAUAUUGAGAGUAUAGAGUUACAACACCGACACAGUCUGAGCUUUCCUGUGCGGGAGGAGACACCCACUCAGUGGAUAGAGGGGAGAGACUGCAAGUGAAUGAGUACUAUCCGCCCCUGAACACUGACGGGAUGGGCGGACUCUCCAGUCACAGCUCAGCUGGGUGAGCCCUGAGUACAGUCUCCCUCCUUGAAUCUCAGAGCUCGGCUCUCUUUUCGUGGCUGCCAGUGCGGAAGGAGAUGCCUUCCAUUUACAUGAUUAUCAUUCUCUCCCAGUCCAUCUGACCGCAGUGGGAAGCCCGUAGGGAUCUGUAACCUGUAGCUGCUGGCAGGCACAACAUUGUGUGGCGAAAUCUCCCCCUUCUUGCACGUUUCCUCGUCACACUGGACUUUCUUUUUCCCUGAUUAAAAAAAAAAAAAGCAGUCAACCUUGGGCCCUCCUCUGUGUGUGUGUGUGUCCCAGAGGGAACGAUGGCUGCAGACGGAGCUAGAUCUCGGUUUGGCAAUCUUGGCUACCGCGGAGGGGGAGGCAGCAAUAACAGUAGCCCGUCUUCUAGCCCCAAGCUCGGAGGGGGAAGGAACAGGACCCCGCCGCAACAGCAUAAGCGAACGGCAUCCCCUCACUCUUCACCAGGAGCCAAACACCAGCAGCUCAAACAGGCGCCCCUGUCCCCGGCUCACAGCUUCAGGAAAGUCACCCUCACCAAGCCCACCUUCUGUCACCACUGCACGGAUUUUAUAUGGGGGCUCGGCGGCUUCCAGUGUGAAGUUUGCAACUUUAUGUCUCAUGAAAAGUGUCUCAAACACGUCAAGACUGUUUGUUCGUGCAUGGCGCCAAGUCUGGUGAGGGUUCCAGUAGCCCAUUGCUUCCGACCACCUGGACAUUAUAAGAAAAAGUUCUGUACGGUGUGCCGAAAACACUUAGAAGAUGGUCUGGCUUUAAGAUGUGAAGUUUGUGAACUUCAUGCGCACACAGACUGCGCCCAGUUUGCAUGCAGUGAUUGUCGUCAGUGCCACCAUGAUGGACAACAGAAUCACGACACAUACCAUCAUCACUGGCGAGAGGGAAAUAUGUCUUCCAGUGCCCGUUGCGAAGUCUGCAAAAAAAACUGUGGUUCUUCAGAAGUUCUCUCUGGCAUGAAAUGCGAAUGGUGUGGGAUUCAGGCUCAUGCUGCUUGUUACAUAAUCUUAAAUCAUGAAUGUACCUUUGGAAGACUUAGAAGUAUGGUGCUUCCGCCAAACUGUGUUCACUUGCAAGCUCGCAAUUUCAGCAAAAUGCAUUGCUUUAGAAUAUCAGAGAGCAUUCAAGCUGAGCAAGAUGAAGAUAAUGAAAAUGAUGGAAUAACUCAAGGAUCUGUAAAAGAAACACCUGCAUCUGCUGAUUCAACCAAACAAAGUUUAAAAAUUUAUGAUGGUCAUGAUGCUGUGAAGCGCAACCAGCCCAGAAUAAUCUCAGUACCAAGGAUUGCAAAGAGUGAAGAAGUAGUGGAGGCUGCUCUGAGAGCUUACUACAUUCCAGAUGACCCCCAGGAAUAUGAACUUCAGACUCUGACACAGCAGACUUUAGUUAGUGAUGACAUUAUAAACAGAAAUGGUGCAAUGGAGGAUGGCAAAGUUGGAUCUGUGUUCAAGGAGGCUACCCCUGAAGCUUGGAUCCUAAGUGCGAAACCAAAGGAGCGUGAAAUUUUAAAAAUAUACCCUGGAUGGAUGAAGGUUGGUGUGGCAUACAUAUCAAUUCCAGUAAAUAAAGAACAAACAGUUCAAACAGUAAUUCAAGAGGUUCUCAUACAGCUUGGACGCCAGAAAGAAAAUCUGGAAAAUUUCAGGCUGGUGGAAGUCUUAAUGAGUAGCAAACAAGUACAGAGGAUGGUUUUGCCAUUUGAAGAAAUUAUUUUUGACAGACUUCACGAAGUACGAAAGACUUCCAUACGCCAGAUGAACCAAACAAGAUUUUAUAUUGAAGAAAAUGAGAAGCCUGAAAUCAAAAUACAAAUAUUAAUUAGUGGUUUACCUCCUUCGCUUUCUGAUAAAGAGUACACCGAUAUCUUAAAAGAACAUCUAGCUAUAAAAGAUAAAUUGGUUUCGGUGAUACCAGCUUACUCUCAACAAGGUGCUGUUGUCCUGGACAUUUUAUGUUUUUCUGAAGCAGAAAGAAUAUUUAUGCUAGUAAAAGACACAUCUAUUAACAACAAGCAGCUUCAUGGUGUUGUCAUUCCUCAUAUUAUGCAUGAAAAACUGCCUCAAGAAACCUGCCCCCUGCUUCUGUUUGUGAAUCCCAAAAGCGGAGGCCUUAAAGGCCGCGAUCUUCUCUACAGUUUCCGUAAACUGUUGAACCCACAUCAAGUUUUUGAGCUGACAAAUGGAGGUCCACUGCCUGGGUUUCAUACCUUUUCAAAGGUUCCCUACUUUCGUGUACUUGUUUGCGGUGGCGAUGGUACUGUUGGCUGGGUGCUCGGAGUUCUUGAAGAGAUACGAUACAAGUUGGCUUGUACAGAGCCAUCUAUAGCUGUUCUACCGCUGGGAACUGGCAAUGAUUUGGGUAGAGUACUGCGAUGGGGAGCUGGCUAUAGCGGGGAAGACCCAUAUUCUCUUCUGAUCUCUGUGGAUGAAGCUGAAAAUAUUCUAAUGGACCGCUGGACAAUACUGCUAGAUGCUCAGGAGGCAGUUGAUUCAAUGGAAAAUGGCUUUUCAGAACCUGACCCCCCAAAGAUUGUACAGAUGAACAACUAUUGUGGAAUUGGUAUUGAUGCAGAACUGAGUUUGGACUUUCACCAUGCCAGAGAGAUUGAACCUGGCAAAUUUAACAGCAGGUUCCACAAUAAAGGAGUGUAUGUAAAAGCCGGUCUGCAGAAGUUAAGCUAUAACAGAAAUUUAAAUAGAGACCUGAAACUUCAGGUUGACCAACAGGAAGUGGAAUUACCAAACAUCGAAGGUCUGAUUUUUCUCAACAUACCCAGCUGGGGUUCAGGAGCUGAUCUGUGGGGGUCUGAUAAUGAUAACCGCUAUGGAAAGCCAAGAAUAGAUGACGGAUUGCUUGAAGUUGUUGGUGUAACUGGUGUCGUUCACAUGGGUCAAGUACAAGGGGGUCUGCGUUCAGGAAUCCGUAUUGCCCAGGGCUCUUACUUCCGUGUUACCCUUCUGAAGCCUAUCCCAGUUCAAGUUGAUGGUGAACCCUGGAUUCAACCACCUGGGCAGAUUAUUAUUUCUGCAGCUGGACCAAAGGUUCACAUGCUAAAGAAGUCUAAACAGAAGCAGAAGAAAACAUCUGCCAGCUCGAAGGACACAAAAGCUGAUUCUGUCAUACUGAAUGACAAUGGAAGUUAAAGAAAGAAGAGAGAAUGACAGACUUCACAGUAAUACACUGCAGAUCUAAGUUUCAAGCCGAUUCACUCACUCCGAGAAAAAAUAUCUUCCAAAGUGUAACUAUGUUCCUAUAACCAUGUUCCUGUAGCUUCCAACAAUGGAGACACUUUUCUAAAAAGUAAUCCCAAACUAACCUUGAUCUAUGUCCAUGGAACCUCAUGGUAUCAUAGCUUUAUUUUUGUGUGUGUGAAAGAGAUGAUUCCCAGGGUCCGUUGGCCAUCUUGGUUCUAAUUAAAUCAAAUGAAAGCCCCGUUGUUUCCAGCUUUGGAAAAUCUAGUGCAUUUAUUUAUUUUAAACAUCCUUUAUAUUUUAUAAGAAGCUACUGUGUAGUAAAGCUAAUGUCAGCAAUAAAAACUGGCAAAAUCACAAAAUAAAAACUAAUCACUCACUCAGCACAACACUAUAAUUUUUAGAAUACCAUUAAUAAUCAGAAACAUGAUCUUUAUUUCUGACUCUUGAACAAUAUGAAUGUCCUUUGUUAUUCUUAAUGCAAAUUUUUGCUUUAACAAAACCCUUAGGAUUUAUGAAUGUUGUCAUGCCAAAUGUUACUAUGAAAACAAUACCAAAAAAGAAAAAAAAGUGCCAAGGAUUGAGUGUAGGAAAUAUUGUGUUAAAUUGGUAUGUUACUCUGUUAUAACUAUGUGGGUAAAACAACACAUUUUGUCACUGUCCUACCCCCACGUAUCCAGAUAUUGAACGAAUGUCUUAUCUUGGUCAAAUCAAUAAUUCAAUGUAAAGCCAACAAUGGUGUAGUUAGAUGUUACAGGGCUCCAUAGCAAAUUAAGUUUAGGGCACCCAACAUAUUAAGAUGUUGUCCUUACUAAUAUAUGUUGAAAUUGCUCAUUAAUUAGGCUUUCAUGGGGCCUCCUAUACCUCCUGGGCCCUCCUGCAGCUGCAGGGUCUGAUUCCUCUGUAUGUACACCCCUGAAAGCUUAUUUUAAAGAUCUGUAUUAGUGUUGUAACAGCAAGCACCAGGCCCUCUGGGGGGAGGGGUUGAACACAAAUCGAUUCUUCUUCGGUCGACUAAUCUCCCCGUACUGCCUUCCCGCCAGCUAGAAUAUAAAUCGCUGGUGGGAUGGCAGUUGGAUCGCUUUUGCUUUCCAAAGUCGCCCGAAAUGUCCUCAUGAGGUCGACUUCGGAAAACGAAAUGCUCCAAGUGUCAUCUUGCCGGCUAUUUAGAUUCUAGACGGCGGAAAGGCAGUUUGGGGAGAUUAGUCGCCGAAACGAUUUGUCGCUGGGUGAGUAAUUUCCCAAAAUAGCAGCGUGUGCCCUUACCCUAAAACUUUCCACAGAAGUGACCGUCAAUACUUUAUACACAAAUUGUUAAUUUUUUCAGAAUUUGUGAAUGCUGGUUUAAAGAAAAAAAAAAAAAUCUUUUGCCAAGGGUGAGACAUCUAAAGAGAAGGUGGUUCCAGCCUUGUCAUUGUUCCACUGGUCACCAGUGCUUACUGGAAGCUCAGAAACUUCCAGUCUCUGUAAUUGCUGUUUAUAUGACAAUAUAUGAAAUGAUUGUCUUGUUCGUGUCAAAAUCAACCAUGCAACAUGCACUUUAUCUGAUCCAAAGCAAAGAAAAUAAAGUCUAGUUACCAGAUAACCAAUAACCUAGUCAGGAUUAGAUUAGAGCUUUAAUCUAUGACCAACUAUGCUCAACAAUAAUAGAUUCCUUUUUUAAUCUCCUAUAUAUAUCCACUCUGAUUAAUAGCACCGAUAAAGUAGGUACAUAACAUUUCCAUGAUAAGUGUAUUGUCGUAAAUGACUGUGUAAUGGAACAUUUAGUAGAUUUAGUACUAAAAUCCAUAGUCAGUUACUCUUUAACACAGUGAUCCCAAACCAGUGGCUCAGGAGCAA